GGGGGGCCAUGGAGAGAGGAGCGCAUGCAGGGUAAGACUACCCUGCAGCUCCUUUUACCGGAGAUUUCCUCGGCCGCGUCCCGAAAUUGCCCUCGUCAGCCGGCCAUUUGCAUCUGAUGCUGAUUCCCUCCUUCCCUCCCCUCCCCUUUUACCUUUUCUAGGGUUUCUUCUUCUUCUUCUCCUUCGUCUUCGUCUCCGUCUCCGUCUUCUUCGUCUUCGCUGCUGCACGAGAGCGAGGUGAACCGAGCUUGACCGAGUCGCCUGAUCGCCGCCCCCGCUCCGCUCUCCGUCUCGGUCCUCCGUAGAAGAUGUCAGAAGAGGUGGAGUUCCGCUGCUAUAUUGGUGGCCUUUCAUGGUCAACAUCUGAUAGAGGUCUAAAAGAUGCUUUUGAAAAGUUUGGCCAUCUGCUUGAGGCGAAGGUGGUGAUGGACAAGUUCUCUGGACGCUCCCGUGGAUUUGGUUUUGUAACUUUUGAUGAGAAGCAAGCAAUGGAAGAGGCUAUUGAGGCUAUGAAUGGGAUGGACUUGGAUGGAAGAAAUAUUAUUGUGGAAAAAGCUCAGCCUCAAGGUUCGGGUAGAGACCAAGAUGGUGAUCGCAGUCGUGAUCGUGGUCGUGAUCGUGGCCCUAAUCGGGACUAUGGUGGUGGCCGUGGAGGUGGAGGUGGAGAGUGCUUUAAGUGUGGCAAACCUGGGCAUUUUGCAAGGGAGUGUCCUAGUGAAGGGGGCAGAGGAGGUAAGUAUGGGGGGAGGGAUGACAGGUAUGGAGGAGGAGGAGGAGAUGGUGGUGGGCGCUAUGGUCCUGAUCGAAAUGGUGAUCGAUCUGGCGGGCGCAAUAGGGAUAGCGGUACCCGAGGAGGAUCGGGAAAUGACCGCUAUAGUCGGGACCGUUCUGGUCCCUAUGAACGUCGUAGUACAGGAAACUUCCGUUCGGGGUAGAAAUAAUACUCCGGAUAGAAAACAAUUGGAGGUACUGCUGUUACUUGCUGGAGGUGUCAAAGUCUCUUCUGUCGCAUCUCUUCGUGGUUGUCUGGGUGGACGAAUCGGCUUGAUCAGUCUUUGAUGUGCGAACUAUGGCUAAAGGAUUCAACUGUUUAAUGUCCGUGAACGCUCGUUUUGAUGUUUUGGUCUGAUGACAUUGCUUGCUUGACUUCAACAAUCAAAUUUGGUCUUACUCUAUCAAUGCUAUGAUGGGUACUGGAUUCUCUUUCGGUUA